AACACACAGAGCGGACGGUUGGUGUGGAGAUCUCAUCCUCCUCCACCUCAUCAUCACAGCUGAAGAUGGCGGACCCGGCCGAGUGCACCAUCAAAGUCAUGUGCCGUUUUCGGCCUUUAAACAGCUCGGAGGUGAUGAGAGGGGAUAAAUAUAUUCCCAAAUUUCAAGGAGAUGAUAAUGUGGUCAUCGGGGGUAAGCCGUAUGCGUUUGACCGCGUGUUUCAGUCUAACACUACUCAGGAGCAGGUUUACAACGCUUGUGCUCAGAAGAUUGUUAAAGAUGUGCUUGAGGGUUAUAACGGUACAAUAUUUGCUUAUGGACAAACCUCCUCUGGAAAAACACACACUAUGGAGGGCAACUUGCAUGAUACGGACGGCAUGGGCAUCAUUCCACGGAUCGUCCAGGAUAUAUUCAACUACAUUUACUCCAUGGACGAAAACCUGGAAUUUCAUAUCAAGGUUUCCUAUUUUGAGAUUUACUUGGACAAAAUUAGGGACCUGCUUGAUGUAUCUAAGACCAAUCUGUCUGUACAUGAAGACAAGAAUAGAGUUCCCUAUGUGAAGGGUUGUACAGAACGGUUUGUGUGUAGCCCUGAGGAAGUCAUGGACACCAUAGAUGAAGGCAAAUCCAACAGACAUGUGGCCGUCACUAAUAUGAAUGAGCACAGCUCCAGGAGUCACAGCAUCUUCUUGAUAAACGUCAAGCAAGAGAACACACAGACCGAGCAGAAACUGAGUGGGAAACUCUACCUGGUGGAUUUAGCAGGAAGUGAGAAGGUCAGUAAAACUGGAGCAGAGGGCUCCGUGUUGGAUGAAGCCAAAAACAUUAAUAAAUCUCUGUCCGCUCUGGGCAACGUCAUCUCUGGCCUGGCUGAAGGAUCGACAUAUGUUCCAUACAGAGACAGUAAGAUGACAAGGAUCUUGCAGGAUUCUUUGGGUGGAAACUGCAGAACUACUAUAGUGAUCUGCUGCUCUCCUUCCUCGUAUAAUGAGGCCGAGACCAAAACCACACUCAUGUUUGGACAGAGAGCGAAGACCAUUAAGAACACAGUGUGUGUGAAUGUGGAGCUGACAGCAGAACAGUGGAAGAAGAAAUAUGAGAAGGAGAAAGAGAAGAACAAGACUCUGAGGAACACCAUCACCUGGCUGGAGAAUGAACUCAACCGCUGGAGGAAUGGAGAAAGUGUACCCAUUGAGGAGCAGUAUGAUAAAGAGAAGGCAAAUGCAGAUGUUCUGGCUCUAGAUAAUGUGGUGAAUAAUGAUAAAUUCACCUCGUCUCCCAGCAUGCCCGUUCUUAAACUCACUGACGCUGAGCGUGAGAAAUGUGAGUCUGAACUGGCAAAACUCUACAAACAGCUGGAUGACAAGGAUGAUGAAAUUAAUCAGCAGUCUCAGCUGGCUGAGAAACUCAAGCAGCAGAUGUUGGAUCAGGAGGAGCUGCUGGCCUCGACGCGAAGGGACCAUGAUAACCUGCAGGCGGAGCUGACACGUCUGCAGAUGGAGAAUGAGGCAUCUAAAGAGGAGGUGAAGGAGGUGCUGCAGGCCCUGGAGGAGCUCGCCGUCAACUACGAUCAGAAGAGUCAAGAAGUGGAGGACAAGACCAAGGAGUUUGAGACCUUGAGUGAAGAGCUUAAUCAGAAAUCUAGCAUUCUUGCAUCAAUCGACUCUGAGCUACAGAAGUUGAAGGAAAUGACCAACCAUCAGAAGAAGAGAGUGACUGAGAUGAUGUCAUCACUGCUGAAAGACCUGGCAGAGAUUGGUAUCGCCGUGGGCAGCAAUGACAUCAAGCAUGAGGGUGGAGGUCUCAUUGAUGAGGAGUUCACUGUAGCUCGUCUUUACAUCAGUAAAAUGAAGUCAGAGGUGAAGACUCUGGUGAAGCGCAGCAAGCAGCUGGAGAGCACUCAGGCCGAAGGCAAUAAGAAAAUGGAUGAGAAUGAGAAAGAGCUUGCAGCCUGUCAGCUCCGUAUCUCUCAGUAUGAGGCAAAGAUCAAGUCUCUGACCGAGUAUCUACAGAACGUAGAACAGAAGAAGAGACAGCUAGAGGAGAAUGUUGAUUCUCUCAAUGAGGAACUGGUCAAAAUCAGCGCCCAGGAGAAAGUUCAUGCCAUGGAGAAGGAGAAUGAGAUGCAAUCAGCUAAUGAAGUUAAGGCUGCAGUUGAGGAACAGAUCCAGAACCACAGAGAAGCUCAUCAGAAACAACUUAGCAGCCUGAGAGAUGAGCUGGAGAUCAAGGAGAAGCUCAUUACUGAGUUACAAGAUCUGAAUCAGAAGAUCAUGUUGGAGCAGGAGCGUUUGAAGGUUGAACAUGAGAAACUCAAAUCUACUGAUCAGGAGAAGAGCCGCAAACUGCAUGAGCUCACGGUGAUGCAGGACAGAAGAGAGCAGGCCAGACAGGAUCUCAAAGGCCUGGAGGAGACAGUGGUAAAUCACACAUUCAGUCUGUGUCUGAAACGAUACUUUACAUACGGUGUACGUGUUCACUCAAUCAUCUCUCUUUCCUCUCUUCAGGCCAAAGAGCUACAAACUCUUCAUAACCUGAGGAAACUGUUUGUCCAGGAUCUUGCCACACGGGUCAAGAAGAGUGCUGAGAUGGACUCUGAUGACACCGGCGGUAGUGCGGCACAGAAACAGAAGAUCUCAUUCCUUGAGAACAACCUUGAACAACUCACUAAAGUGCACAAGCAGCUGGUGCGUGAUAACGCUGACCUGCGCUGUGAGCUGCCCAAGCUGGAGAAGCGUCUGCGGGCAACGGCAGAGCGUGUGAAGGCUCUGGAGUCUGCACUCAAAGAGGCCAAAGAGAAUGCAGCGCGCGAUCGCAAACGCUACCAGCAGGAGGUGGACCGCAUCAAAGAGGCAGUCAGAGCCAAGAACAUGGCCCGCAGAGGACACUCCGCACAAAUCGCCAAGCCAAUCAGACCAGGUCAGCCCCCUGUCACCUCUCCCACCCACCCCAAUGUCAACCGCUCAGGGGCGGGCCUGUUCCAGAAAAACUAAUCAGUGGACAUGUGGUGGAGACGGAGUCAAACAGAAAACAAAAACUGCUGAAUGCUGAAUUUAACACCAGUUGCCCCAGCUGAAGCUGAUAUCAUCCCAAAAAGCUGAACAGGCAUUCCACAGCACGAGAGUGUUCAAUAAUAUACAUACAAAAAUUAAAAUUAGUAUAUAUGUGUAUGAAAUGUGAAAUACCAUCCCUGUCUGGGCUGUACAAUUGUUCCUCCAUUCUUAUCUCACAUAUCUUCCCUUUAAAAAUACAAAGAAAACAAAAAAAACAGGCUUUUUGCACCAGUGGGCACGUGUGUAACUAGCGAGUAUCUUUCACUCUUGGACAGUAGAUUUUGCUCACAUAAUGCUUUCCACAUCCCUCACUGUGCCAAGUUGAAUGUAUUUCACAUUUACAAAAGAAAAAAAAAAAAGGCAGAAAUGAAUGAAAAACUAUUAAAAGGAACAAACAAAAGGAGAAAAAUCAAUUAGCUGCAUUUUUUUUAGCCUUUUUUUGUUUAGUUUUUUUUGUUUAGAGAGUUAGCUUGUUCUCUUUUUAAAGGCUGAUUCAUACUUCUGCUUCGAAAUGCUGAUAUCUUUUGUCAUGUUGCUGGUUUAACUUCCCGAUUGAGACAAUUCCUUUAAUGGUCCCAAGUCCAAAUACAAUGUGAUUGUGCAUUGCAUUUUAUUUUAAUAUCUAUGCAUCAUGUUACAUUUUUGAAGCGAUGCACAUCAGGCUACGGUGUAGGCUAUGCCUUAGCUACGCGUAGCCUACACCAAAGGUUUGAUGCAGAAGUAUAAACCGGCCUUAAGUAGUUUCAUUGAAAAUUUCACCUAUAUAAGUUAAACACAGCAAUUAAACUUUAUAGGAACCAUUUAACUUGUUUUUAUAAGAAUAAUGGACAUAAUGAAAAGAAUAUAACCUAUGGUGAAAUGGUAGUCUGAAAAUAGAUAGUAAAAUGCAGUUCCAUUAAAGGAGAAAGACUGCUUAAUGCAGACACAGCUGAGCUACAGGUGUAUUUAAAGCAUACUAGGAACACAAUGAAUCAUUGUUACAUCUUGAGUCCUAGCUAGGUUAAAAAUCAACAAUAAUACUAAUAUAAUGUUCAUUUUAAUAUUUAUCAUCAGCCAUAUUGCUGCUGCUCUGUAGUUUCCCAAAAUAACUACAAAACAUUAUUAAUCAUAUCUGUGGAUUUUCCUCAUAGUUCUAUCUAAAAUAUAUGCCUAGACAAGAUUGUAAUUGCAUUGUCUGUUUAGAAAUAUGCAGUUUUUUGAUUAUGUAUUUAGGCCAGGGGAAAGGAAUCGGUUACCCAAAAAUGAACAUUUUGUCAUUUACUCGUGUUCCAAAUGAUUUUCGCUCUUCCGUGGAACACAAAUGAGAUGUUUUGCAGAAUGCCUAUGCUGCUGUUUUUAAUUCAAAGACAAUAAAUUGGAAUGGACGCUGUCAAGCUAAAACAAAAAGACAAAAAACUACAUUAACGAGUCGCUACUUGCGAAAAAUCCUCCUUUUUCUGUAGCUCUCAAAUCUCAUUUGCACUUGCGUACAAAUAUGGUGCAUAAGGAAACAUUGCACCAGGCUUGACAUCAGUGACGCUGAAUUGCAAUGCACAAUUUUAUUUGUAGAAGCUUAAAUUUGAAUUUUUGGCUUUCCUUUAAGGGAGUUAAGAGCUUUUUAAAUGUGGGAAUGAUCUCGUCCUCAUCGAUGCCUUCUCAGAGCAAUAUGGGAUUGUAAUUUCCUAAUUUGUUUUGCAUUGGACUUGAACAUUAUUUUCUGUUUUUGCGGGAGUGAGGUUUGUGCAGUGGUCAAACAGCCAUUGAAGUCACUAUAUACAUUCACUCCUGUUUUUUUUUUUUACCCUUUAUUUUUCAUUGACCAUUUUGUCCAGUUUAGGGUCCAUGCUUUAAAGAAGUGGGGAUCGUGCACUUCAGCGAUUCGACCUGUAAGGUGCAAACAAUCCACAGGAAACCACACAGCAUUUAGUUGUGGCUCAUACAACCAAAAAUUGUCAGGCAAUCAACCGUGGAUUUUCGUCUGCCAUGAUAUGGUUGACUGGUUGAUUGUGUUUGCUCAUGGAGACCUGCUUAGUGGUUUCAAUGCUUUUUAUUCAACAUUACUGCCUUUUUUGAGUAUUGUUAAUAGGUGGGGCCUUUUAAACAGUGGGCGGGGCUUAUUUAAUCAUUUUAGUAAAUAAUUAGUUUAUUUUGUAUUUUGUUUUUGUAUUUUAUUUAUUUGUUUUUUGUUGGUUGGGAAUUUUGCUGUUCAUUUUUUGCUUUCGUUGUUUUUUUAAGUAAACUAUUCUCAUGUUUUUCUUAUAAGAAGUGAUUGAUUGAGAUGUAGAUUCCAAUGCACUUGGUUUCCAUUUAGCUUUUUUUGUUGUUUUUUCCAAUUGGAUCUGAAUCCUACUAGGUGUCGUGUAAAUCACUGUGGUACUGUAGGGAGGAAUAUUGAAGAUUUUGGAGUUUUAGGACCUUAUGUGUGCAAUAUAAAUCUGGCGUAGUGCAAGUUUUGCAGUACUGAAGAAAACGUGAUAGUAGAGGUAAUAAAAAUCACACUCAACAGUCCUCCAAUAUUAUGUUUCUGUUUUAGCAGUUUUGUCUUGUUCACAAUUUAAUCUUUCAAAAGCACUUUAAAACGUACCAUCUCAAUUGAAAACCGCACUUAUUAUAAUAUGGAAAUGUGCAUCUCAAGCAUCAAAGUUUUAUUUUGAAUUAUUGUUAGCAUUGUAGAGGAAAUCAUGUGUUUUUAAGAUUGUCAUUGUUAUUAUGUUUUGUCUUUUUCUUUGCCUUGAAUUUGCAUUUUUAACUGUUACUGGGGAAAACACUCAGUUUAAGGCUCUGAGUUGAUGUAAUGGUAAUGAGGUGAUCAGAUGUGUGUACAGUUGGUUCUUAAAAAUGUGUAGACUGAAUUGCUGUGUAUACUUCCUUUAGUUGCUCACCGUAGGCCAAGUUUUCACCCCUUGACAUGAAACUCUAAUAAAUUAUAGGGUAA